AGUGCGCCAAGUCUCUCACAUAGCGACGACACUCGAGAGCGCAGCAGCCAUGGAGGUGAUUCAAAAAUCCCGCAAACGAAACCACAGAUCUCAACCCGUCUCUUCCACUUUCACCCGCAGCAGAUCCCAGAGUCUCUUACACCGGAGCCGCUCCGGUCAGAUCCGUCCCGAUCCCAUCCGGGGUAAGGCUGAACCAUGUACCGUUCUCGUUCCAGUUCCAGUUCCAGUUCCAACACAAGAGGAACUCUAUCACGUUCCCGUUCAUUUUGCUGGAAACAAUGCAUCGCAAGAAUUUUCCGAAUCGGAAUACAAAACUCUCAUUCAGGAUAUUUGCAAGGACUAUUGCGAAUCGGAUUCGGAAGACAAAGAUCUCGUUAAGGAUCUUUGCAAGAAAGCGAAGCUUGACGACGGUGACCUAGCUUGUGCUACGGCGAAGGAUCUUCGUACGAGGCGAGUUUAUUCGUUUUUGUCCAGCGCAGGUGCUUGCUCCGAUCGGAUCGGAAGUGCGUUGUCCAAUCGGAGUGCCGUUGAUUCCGAGCGGGAAGUAGCUGAAUCAGAGUUUGAAUCGCUGUUUGUGGAUAACGGGGAUGCACGUGUAGACGAUGGGAGGGUCUCACUCACUGAGGUACCUGUUUUAGGGUUUUCAUGUGAAUCUCGGGAUUUCAACCGGGGAAACAUUGAAUCAUCAUAUGAAAGUCCGAAAUUGCAAGUUCACAAGCAAAUUGAUGAAAAAAAUGGUGGCUAUUGUUUGGAGAAAAUUGAUGAUUUGGGUGAAGAACCCGUACAAACAACACCACCAGAUGCUGUGAUAAGUAUUAAUUUGGAAGUUAAUGGAGCUGCGAGGAAAACCAGAGAGGCCCUCACUGUUAAAGAUACCCCCCUUGCUGUAAACGCAGAGGAAAAUUCAGGCAAGGGUUUUUUUGGUACCAAAGAUUGCCAGUUAAACAGCCAUGCUCUCAAGAGCAAAUCUGUACUCAAACCACGCUUGCCAGGGAAAUUGUUUAAAGCUCCAGGUUCAGUAAAUUACAGAAGGCUAAUGGAGAUUAUGGGAGAUGAUUUCGGUAUACUGAAUUCGGGUCAUUGCCUCAAAGAUAAGAAGGUUAUGGAUGCACAUGGGUUUGAAUGUCCUUUGUCAUCUGAUAGUCAUGACGAAGCUUCUAAACCUGAAACUAUGACUGAUAGUUUCACCAUGCUUGAUACUAAUGGGCCAAAGCUGACAUCCUCACCAAUGCAAUUAGAUAUUGCUAAAGUUAAUGGUGAAUGUUUAUCUGGGCCAUCCAAGGAUGAUGAAUGUGUGAGUGAUUCAAAGGCGGAUCCAGCUGCAGGUUUUCUUGGUGCCAGAGAUGUUGGUAAUGCUGGGGCUACUAAUCACAGUAGUUGUGUCUCAGAGCAGCUUGGUGUUUUGAAUAAAGAUUCUAUACCAGCGACACAUGAUCCUGAGUUACAUGAUUCUUCAAUGCUCAAUGUAGACCAAACAGAGAGCAUGUCGAAGGAUGUGUGCCCCAAAGCUGACAAGAGGAAUAUGCCUCUUAAGAAUAAACAUGUGCACAGACCUUAUUUGAAUGGGAAGCUGAUCAAAACCCCAGGUUCAGUCAACUAUAGAAGGUUGCUUCCAUUUUUAAAGAAUUGUACUAAAGAAGACUCUGGUACAUCAAAAUUUGGUGACCAGGCUCAAGACUCAGGUUUGUAUGCAAAGGAGCUUCCUUUGCCAUCUCAAAGUGAAGAAGCUUCUAUUAACAUACAAAUGGCAGUCAGUGGCUCAAUGCAAGACAAAGUUGACCCUAAUGCUUUGGCAAACAGUGUUGUAGUUAAUCCUGCCAAUAUGUUAACUCAUUGCAACCUUCCAGAGUUGACAUCUUCCCAAGACUUCUCUGAAUUGCCAAUGCAAUUGGAGGCAAAAAAAAUGGUCCAUGAGUGCUCAUCUGAAUCCUGUGUUCAGGCACAUUCCGAGAAGGCUGCAAUUUCUUCAAAAGACGAGUGCUUGAGUGAAUCAAAGACUGAUCCUUGUUCAGUAAUGAUGGAUGUUAACUGUGCUAAGAUUGUCACUGAAGCUACUAACCACAAUGGCUUUACUCAACUGCAUACCACUAUAUCUGAACAAUGCUUUAGCGUUACACCAUCAAAAGACCAAAAUUUGCUUAAUAUUAAUGAUGGUAUCUCCAACCUUUCCUUUAAGCAUCAUUCCAGCGAAGCUCAGGGAUUCACUUUUGAAUAUGAUAAAAGUAAGGAGUUAGUGAAUCUGGAGAAGUGGGACUCUAUUAGCAGCUGUCCUCCUGAAGGUCAGAGUCUAUGUCAAUUGGAUCCUAAUAUGCUAGAAGUUGAGGAGAACGAAACAAGCAGCCAUGCAAUUAGCAAAAAUGAUGAUAAUGUGGUUUUGAGUUGUGUCAGUAUCUCACAUGAAGUACCUAGACCAUCAUCUGAGAAGAUUAUCUCUGAUAAAUCAGAGUUACCAGACAUUGCAGAGGAGAAUGAAACAAAUAGCCAUGCAAUUAGAAAGUUUGGCGAUUCUGUAGUUUUAAGUGUCAACAUCUCAAAUGAAGAACCUAGGCCACCAUCAGAGAAGAUUAUUUCUGAUAAACCAGAGUUACCAAACAUUGCAGCACAUGGUGGUGACAUAGCAGAAAGUCUUCUGAAUGGCUUGGUUUAUGCCUCAAAGAUGCCUUCAAAAGGAACCAAUGACAAAAUUGCUAGUUCUGUUGGGGAGAUUGAAAAUGGAUCUGAAUCCAAGACCACAGUGGUUCUAAAUCGUAGUCCACGAAUGAAGUUGUUUAAACAUGCUGGGUCUUUAAACUACAAAAGAAUGCUUCCGAUUUUCUUGGAAGCUGUGAAGUCUAAAUCCUGUGCUUCAAAUAAUGAUCAUCAACCAAAAGUUCAGAAGCUUUUGGAUCAUACUCCAGCUGCUCCAAUUUCAGAUUCAAACUUGUUAGUAAAUCUGAUAAGUGCUUCAAAUGACCGUGUUCCUAUGGAUGAUACAUGCGAUUCUGGUGCUCAGAAAGAAACAGAGUUGCAAGCUUGUGAUUUAAAUAAUGAUAGUUCAAGCCCAAAAUCUCAACUACCAGAUAAACAGAUCCUAUCAAAUGGACUUGACAAGCUAGAGAAUUUAAUCAGUUCACCAAAGUCUGUUCAGAGAGACUUACUAACCACACCUUUAAGACCUAUAACUGAGGAAGUUAUGACUAUAGAAGAAGAGGCCACACCUGCUUUGUCUAUUGGGGAGAGAUCACCUGAAACACUUGGAUAUUCUCAGAGCUUGUCCCAACUUAAAGUCACAGAUCAACCUAGUGCCCCAAGUGUUGGUUUCCAAAAAGGAAUUUUGAGAAGAAACCCCAGAGGAUGCAGAGGGCUUUGCACAUGUUUAAACUGUGUUUCUUUCCGCCUCCAUGCAGAUAGAGCAUUUGAAUUUUCUAGAAAUCAGCUGCUAGAUGCUGAUGAGGUCGCCCAAGACCUCAUGAAGGAACUAUCCCAUCUCAGAAACAUUUUAGAAAGAAACAACGAUGGUGUCAAUGACACUCCAGUUUUUGAUGGAAGCCAAGUGAAAGAAGCUUGCAGGAAAGCAUUUGAAACAGAACAACUGGCAAAGGAACGGCUUAGCCAGAUGAAUGAUGAUCUUAACAUGCAUUGCAGAACACCGAGUCUGCUGCCACCAAGUGUUAAAUUUUCAGAUCAAGUUGAAGAAAAAGUCAUUCAACCAGACUCAUAAAAAUGGCCAUUUGCAUCCUACACUAUCUAUCGUCUGAACAGACAUUUGUUUCUAGAAGUGGAGCAAGUUCAGCUUAAUGUUGAUGCUUGAUAUUUCUAGCAGUAGGGGGAAAGAGUGACAGGGAGAAGAACCUUACAGAGAUUUGUUUUAGUUCCACUUUUUCUUGGGUGUGCUGUAGAUACUUUUUUACAGAAGUUGAUAAUAUAUUUUCUUUAUUCAAAGAAAGUUGGACUUGUUUUUUUUUAUUAUCAUCGAACACUUGAAGAAAUGGAGCGGGACCACUCAUACAAAUAUUGGAUCCGGAUACUUGGACCUA